AUGGCGACACAUCGCACCUCGUCCGGCCAUAGUCGCCGUGAGACGGCUCCCGUUGUCGAGAUUCCCGUCGGAGACUUCAUUCGCAAGAACGAGAUUGGCAAGGGCAGCUUCGCUACUGUCUAUCUCGCCUCACACAGGAAGCGCAAGUCGUACGCUGCCAUCAAAUCCGUCGUCACAGGAAAGCUUACCGGAAAGCUGAGGGAGAAUCUCAACUCCGAGAUCAACAUCCUGAGAAAGCUGCAGCACCCUCACAUUGUUGCCUUGUUUGAGUGUGUUGACACCCCACAGCACAUCCAUCUUGUCAUGGAAUACUGUCAAAUGUCGGAUCUGGCUGCGUUCAUGAAGGGUAGAGCCCGGAUUGCUGGUCUGCCAGAGACACACGACAUCUUUGACAGAUACCCAAACGCGACCAAUGGUGGACUGAACGAAGUCCUGGCUCGCCACUUCCUCAAGCAAAUCGCAAGCGCUCUCCAGUACCUGCGCAAAUACAACCUCAUUCAUCGUGACAUCAAACCGCAGAACUUGUUGCUUAAUCCGCCUCCAACGUACAUGCAGCAACAAAGAACAGAGGAUGUGCCCUUGGCAGCAAGCGAGAACUCUCUGAUUCCCGCCGUUGGCCUGGCUUCUUUGCCGAUGCUGAAGCUUGCCGACUUUGGCUUUGCCCGUCACCUUGCUAGUACUUCUCUGGCCGAGACUCUUUGUGGAUCGCCCUUGUAUAUGGCUCCGGAAAUUUUGGCAUACCAGAAGUACGAUGCCAAGGCAGACCUGUGGUCUGUAGGCACUGUGGCGUACGAGAUGGUCGCCGGAAGACCCCCUUUCAAGGCGACCAACCAUGUUGAGCUACUACGCAAGAUUGACCAAGCCCAGGAUGUGAUUCAGUUUCCCGCGGGCUUACUUGUAUCUCGGGAGUUCAAAGAUACCAUCAAAUCUUUGUUGAAGAGACAGCCUACCCAACGCGUCAGCUUUGAUCGUUUCUUUGGAAGCUCUACGAUAGUUGGCGACAUCCCGGGCCUUGUCGACGAUGACAAACCUCGUGUCGCUGAUUCAUCCGAGCCUGACAUUGCUAUGUCUGCAUUGAGUCUCCGUCUGCAGCAACAGUCCAUCAACAGCCCCGAGCAAGAGAUCGAUGCUGCUGGCACUGGUAGAGCUGUUCGUGAUUCCCCUCUAGCUGUGACCAGAAGACCACCACCUGCGACUACCUCUCCAAGCGUCGAGCCUAUCAAGAGACCCCAGAUGCCAAUUCAACGUUGUCAAACCACGGCAGCCAUUACUUCAGCGAACCCGGCGGACACGAAACGUUACGCCACUCCAGUGGAACAAAAGAGACCGCCCUUGAUUCCAACCGCAACGGCUCCCCCACGUCAAGAACUACAGCAUGCGACACCUCUCAACCAAGGUAGGCCUAGUAACCCACGUUACGUUCCGUCACCCAGUUCUUCGGCUCCCCAAGCAUCGCCCAUGCAUGACAGACCUGCGCGAGAUUCGCGCGAUACUAACACAGCUCAUGACCUGACAUUCGAGAAAGAGUAUGUGAUGGUUGAAAAGAAGGCCGUCGAGGUGAAUGCCUUCGCCGAUGAGCUGGCCGAUCGCAACAGGCCGUCCGAAAACUACACCGGUGGUUUGAUACGACGUGCAACAGCUCAAGGCGUGCCUGGCUCUAACGUCGUAUCGAAUGCGUUGCAGGCGGUAUCUUCCAAGCAACCUGGCGCUCUACACGGUCGUCGUACGUCUUUCGAUCAACGUCGCCAGGCUCCAGCACCCACAGACUAUCUAUCGAGAGUCUUGAAUGCAGCCAACACACGCAUCCGUCAAGUUAUCAGCGGUGGCUCUCCGACCUUCCCACAAGGAAUUUCGCCACCUCAAGGAUAUGCCGGCUUCCCUACAUCUUCUGCACCUCCUCUUCCUCUGAUGAUCAGUGAUGGAAGAAGCUCGCCAGGCAGCUUUGAUGAAGACACACGUAUGCUCCAGCUCGUAGAAGAGGGUGCAACCCGAAGUGAUGUGGUGUACGGCUUCGCAGAGGUGAAAUAUCGACAGCUGCUUCCUGCGACGCCAUCUGCAGAGGACAGAACCGCGAUUCGCCAGAUCAGUGCUUUGGAGCAACCUCUCAAGACCGGCGAUGACAUUGAUGAUCAAGAUCUUACACAAAUUGCCAUUGUAGCAGUGGCCGAAGAGGCCUUUGUCCUAUACGUCAAAGCUUUGGCCAUCCUGGUCAAGACCAUCAACGUUGUCAAGUACUGGUGGGACCGCCAACGCAGAGCCGAAACCCCGCCUGGAUCACUUCCAUCAAGACUCGGUGAGACCAAACAAAGCUCGUCAGAGAUGAGCAAAAAGAUGAACAACGUUGUCCAAUGGGCUCGCAAUCGAUUCAACGAGAGUCUUGAGAAGUCAGAAGUCGUCGGACGUCGUUUGAUCGAGGCACAGAAGCAGCUCCCAGCUGGUCACCCAGGACAUCCUGACAAUCACGGUCAGCUACAGUCAUCUGGCUCUGGCAACACCUUGAGCGCUGCCGUUGACCAGAUUCAAUUAACCAGUGGCGUCACAGCAGAGAAACUAAUGUUCGACCGCGCUGUUGAAAUGAGUCGUGCUGCCGCUGUCAACGAGCUUGUGGGAGUUGACUUUGGCGGCUGCGAGCUCAGCUAUAUCACAUCAGUCAUGCUAUUGGAGGCUGUCCUGGAGAACGACGAUGAGCCUUUGCUUUCGAAGCCUAGCGGAAACAAGACCAAGGCAGGCAACACAGUUAUCAAUGGCAUGGAGUCGGAAGAUCGUGACGCAGUUCUCAAGUUGAUUGAAGGUACCCGAGGCAGACUCGAUGGUCUUCGUCGCAAGCUCAAGCAACAAAUGUUGCCGAGGCAGCCUACCCCUUCAACAUCCAGACCUAUGGCAAGAACAUCUUCAUCACCAGGCACAGCAAUGGGUACACCACCGAGAUGA